GGGAGGUUUUUAUGCAGAACGGCCGAUACCUCAUCCGGCCGUGGUAUCAAAAUCACGGGUUCUCAACGGGGGAGGAGGCAGAGCCGACAAUAUCGAAAUUUCCGUCUUACUCUUCUGCAUGCAGCAUGCUCCACUACUGGAACCUGCGCGUUACGAUGUUGGGAAAGAUUCUGUCCGCCAGUGCCAUUGCGAGUGGGGAUUUUUUACUUGCUCAGGACUUCGCAGCAGAUAUGGUUUGCGAGGUUCUCAAAUUGGGUUGGCCAGUGCAUUGGGUUUGCAACGUACACCGAUCGAUACCGAGGCGACAUCGAAGUGAGUUUCUCUCAGUUUGCCGAUGCGCAGGAAGGAGUAUCAGCACAGUCGUCAAAGGUGUAUCUGCUGCCAGCCACACAGUGCACGAUGAACAUGCUCAUCCACCUCCUCCUUACCUCACCCACGCCUUCAUUGUCAAUAUCUUCUCUUCCAUUUUCCAGGCCACCAAAACGAGUGCAUAGCCAGAGCCACUUGGUCAUAUCAUUCGCUCUCCUUCACGUCUUCCGUGCAUCUCCGUAUUCAUUAAUUUUUAGCAUGUUUGGUCGCUUUGGCGGCCGGGGCAAAUGCGCUGGGAAGCAGAAUAAGGGCAACUACUACCACCAUGACCGUGGGUACAGCGGCUCCGACAGGAUGAACCAGUAUCUUGUGUCGGAGCUGGAGUCGGAAAGAGCGGCAAACGCAAGUUACCGGGAGCGAGAGGAGGCGGCGACAGCAGAAGAGCAGCAGGCGAGUGUUAUUGCGGGAGUGGCAAAAAAGACCACCAGAGCCAUGGCGCGGAUGAUGGGCUUCCGCAGCAGCAGCAGCAAGGGGCGUGGGAAGAAGGAGAAAGAGGCCAAGUCAAAGAGUUUCGGCUUCACGAAGGCCGGCAUGCGGGCCCUGAGGAAAAUGGACAGCUCGACAUCCGAGGGACCCGCUCCGUCUAGCCUUGCAUCAUCAACGGACAAGUCGGAGUCGUACAGCAUGCGCUUCAUGUCCAAGAUCGCGAGGUCUAUGCAAUCGAAGUGGAAAAAGCAGAAGCAGGAGGAGCAGAAGGUGAAGGCAGCAAAGCGCCUCCUGAAGAAGCAUGGCGUGCCGAUCGACGACAACCCAAGCCCGGCUCCCAAGCCGAACAAUGCGACACUGAGGAAAAAACUAAAGCUGCCCGAGGACGAGGACACCGUCAAGCAGGCGGUCUACCAGGAGGUGCUCGACGCCCUCAGCCCGGAGUCGGACAUGACUGAUUGGCCGAAGACCGACCCGGAGUGGGCAGCAGCAUUGGCGAGUGAGCCCAAAGUGACGCUCCCAAAGAUCCAGAAGCUCCUGAUAGCAAACGGUUUAAGCACAAGCGCAAAGAGCAACAAACCGGACAAGAUCUGCCAGAUCCUGGAGCACCUGCGAUCCUAGCAUGUUCUGGUACAUUUUCAGAUUCAUGUGGAACCUUUGCGUAGUAGUGUGGAUACCGUUUGCAAUACUCACAGACCUGUGCGUUAUGAUCAUAGAAGCCUGCACCGCCGCGCGAGGAUGGCUCAGCGUAUGCAUGGCGCUAGCCGUGGUACAUGGUACGAUAGUUGCCGUAGCAAUCGCAAUGCUCUCAGGGGAGGGUUUCAAAUUGCCACCUGUGGCAGCCUCCCAUCUCUUGCAAACCGUUGCUGAUGUCGACACACCCAUCUUUGUCUUUUCCUGCUCUCUCCACUUUAGUGUCUCCAGUGCCUGUCGCUGCAUCGUCACAGCUACAGCUGCUAUUGUCAUUAACUGCUGCACCUGCUGCGGCAAGAUAUCCAUAUGACUAGUCGCUGUAGCUGCCAUCAUUGUGGCUGUCUGUCCCAUAGCCAUUUGAUUGGUAAGGUGUCUAGUGAGAACGUAAACUGGAAGGAGGUCUCAACCCCUUCUGCACCUGCCAGCUCACUGAAUGCUUCGUUCAGCCAUGCCGUUGGGUAUGUAAAACAACAUGCAUGUCAGAGCACACGGCCAACAUCCUCCU